CAUUCUCCCAAAAAUAUCAAAGAAAAAUUCAGAAUUUUUCUGAAAAAUGGCAUCAAGAAAUGCUCUUGAACAACACAAUAAAGGUGAUGUAGUAGUAGUCCCUGAUGCAGUAAAGCAAAAAAAGAAUAUGGCAGCAGAAGGGAGAAACCGAAAGGCUCUUGGUGAUAUUGGGAAUCUGGCUGCAGGCCGUGGAGUCGAAGGAAAGCCACUUCCUCAGGUACCUCGCCCCGUAACAAGGAGAUUUUGUGCACAGUUGUUGGCAGCAGCUGAAAAUCAGAAGAUAUCUGUGGCUGUUAACGUAAAAGGAGCAAAUGUUGCUCAAAAAGUACAUGCAGGAAGGAAACCAGCUCAGAAGAAAGCUACAAUUAAGCCAAGACCUGAGGAGAUUAUUGUAAUUAGCCCCGACACUCGUGAGAAACUAAUGGAGGAAAAGAUGCAAAGAAAGAAGCAGGCUGCUGAAGACAUAUCAAAGAAGAAAUCAACUCUUACUUCAACUCUCACUGCUCGAAGCAAGGCUGCAUGUGGUCUGAGUAAGAAACCAAAGGAGCAGAUUGUGGACAUCGAUGCUGCAGAUGUGAACAAUGAAUUGGCAGUUUCGGAAUAUGUUGAAGACAUUUACAGCUUCUACAAACUAGCUGAGAGUGAGACAAGAGUUCAUGACUACAUUGAUUCACAACCUGAGAUAAGCGAAAAGAUGAGAGCAAUUCUGAUUGAUUGGUUGAUUGAAGUUCACCACAAGUUUGAGCUUAAUCCAGAAACUCUUUACCUCACAAUCAACAUUGUUGACCGCUACCUCGCUGUGGAGACUGCAUCAAGAAGGGAACUGCAAUUGGUGGGCAUUAGCGCCAUGCUUCUAGCCUCUAAAUAUGAAGAGAUUUGGGCUCCUGAGGUGAAUGACUUCGUGUGCAUCUCAGACCAAACUUACAGUCACGAGCAGGUGUUAACUAUGGAGAAACAAAUUCUCGGACAACUGGAAUGGUAUCUAACAGUCCCAACACCUUACGUGUUCCUCGUUCGUUUCAUCAAAGCUUCUUUACCCGAUUCAGAAAUGGAGAACAUGGUAUAUUUUCUGGCUGAGCUGGGGUUGAUGAACUAUGAAACCAUUAUCUACUGCCCAUCGAUGAUUGCUGCAGCAGCUGUCUAUGCUGCUCGACACACCCUCAAUCGGACACCAUUUUGGAAUGGGACACUUAAGCUGCACACUAGUUUCUCAGAGGCUCAGAUAAUAGAGUGCGCGAGGAUGUUAGUUAGCUAUCACUCUGAGGCUGCAAAUCACAAGCUGAAGGUGAUUUUUAGGAAGUACACAAAUGCUGAGAGAGGUGCAGUUGCAUUACUACCUCCAGCCAAAUCACUGUUGGCUGCAUCAUCAUCACCAUCAUCAUGCUAGCUGAAGGCUGUCCCAAAAAGCAAAAGAGAACUACUACUAGUUCUGUCCUCCUUUGUUUCAUUAAUCAGAACCUUUGUUGCUGUCCCCUUUUAUUUGGUUUCUAUAAAUAGGUAGGGCUACUUGAGCUCCAAGUAGUGUAGCCAUGACAAAACUGAGACAUGGAAAUUUGGAACUUAAAUUUCUUGCUUUUUGAUUCUUA